CCGCGCACGGCGGAGGACUACGAGCGGCUCCUCGUGACGGAGUGGAACGCCGCGGCGACGUGGAUCGCCUACGCGAAGCUCCUGGUGACGGAAUCGGACGCGACGGGCGCGCGCGGCGUCCUCGAGCGGGCGCUCAAGAAGAUCGGCUACCGCGAGGAGGCCCAGCGCCUCGAGGCCUGGGCCGCGCUCCUCGCCCACGAGCGGGACCACGGCGACGCCAAGUCGCUGAGCGCCGCGGUGGACCGGGCCACGAAGAACGCGGACCCGACGCGCGUGCUCCUCAAGCUCGCGGCGCUCCACGAGGAGACGUCGAACUACGACGCCGCCGACGCCGCCUACGCGCGCGCGGAGAAGCGGAGCCGCCGCCAGGGCGCGACGCCCGACGACGUCUGGCUCGCGCACUGCCGGUCGCGGCUUUUGGCCGGCGCGGCCGACGACGCGCGCGCGGUGCUCGACCGCGCGGUCCAGGCCUGCGCCGACGGCGGGCCCAAGGCCGAGGCGUCGCUCCUGGCCAAGUUCGCCUGCCUCGAGCUCGACGUCGGCUCCGCGGACCGCGGCCGCACGCUCUUCGACACGACGCUCGCCAAGUGGCCCAAGCGCGCGGACCUCUGGCAGCUCUACGUCGCCAAGUCGCUCAAGGCCGGCGACGUCGCUCACGCGCGCGCGAUCCAGAUGCGCCUCGCGGGCGUCAACCUCCCGCCCAAGGCCAUGCGCGCAGCGCUCAAGCGCUUCGCCGCCUUCGAGGAGGCCCACGGCGACGCCGCGUCCGCGGACGCCGUCAAGGACCUCGCGCGCGCCUACGUGCAGAAGCAGCAGGCGGCCAUGGACGAG